AUGGCCCUGCAAGUGCUCAGCUGCUGCAUUCAUAUGUUUGGCGUCUCCGUACUCACCCAUUGCAUAUCUCGGCGGGUCACCAGCGCCCAAUUUCCGACAUGGGCAUCGGUCUUUGACUCUUGGCCACGCGUCUGCGUGGUCCUCGCCUUCGUUGAUUCUUGGCUCUUCGUUCUUUCAUCUGGGAUCUCUAUCUUCGGUAUCGGGCUGGAGAGCAACGAGAGCAGCUGUGAGGCUGCUAUCAUUCUAUGCAUCGCGUUCUACGGUACAUCGAAGAUGCUCAUCUACCUCUUCCUGAUCGAGAAGGUACAUGUUGUAUGGACUCCGGAGAAGCCGCGCUUCCAAUCUUGGGUAUACAUCAUCUGUCUGGCUAACGUUCUUGCCUACAUGGUCCCUAUCAUUCUCAUGAUCAUUGGGAGAGUGCAUAUGUUCCGCGGAGAUGGGAGCUGCGUUAUUGGGUUGAAGCACUUCUCCUCCGUCACCAUGCUCACCUAUGACCUCUGGAUCAACACCUUCCUCACCGGCAUGUUCCUAGCCCCCAUCAUCCGCGCAAAGCUCGCCAACCCUCGCAUCCGCCUUGUCGCCGUCCGCACGCUCAUAGCCUCGCUCAUCGGCCUGACCGUCUCCGCGGUGAACAUGGCCGUCCUCACCGCCCUUCACGGCAAAGAGCUCGGCUGGGUCUGUCUCGCCGCGUGUUCGAUGGACGUUGUCAUCAACGUUCUCGCUUUAUUCUGGAUCACCGACCAUCGCGCCAUGUCUAAUGCUCGUUUUACCACGGCCGAUACGCGCGAACGAGAUGUUGGGGAGCAGCACCGCAGGCGGCCCGCUACGCUCGAUCUCAAGUUCGCGAAGUCUGUGGUACUUAGCUCGCCCAGUACUCCGCGCACGCCGCAGUCACCUCCCAGCAGCAGCACCCCGUUCCAGAGGAGCCCUGUGGACGAGAUUCCUCUUGGUCGACCGGCUCGACGCGGGAUCAUGGAGCGGCUGUUUGGACACAAGGCCAAGGAUUGUGGACCAUUGGAGAUCAGCGUUACUACUCAGUUCGAGGUUGAGGCGGAGAGCAUAAGCUCUUUUCGGAUCGAGCCUGUGCCGGUUCAUCCGUGGGCGCAACCUCUUGAAGCAGAGGAGAACGAGGAGGUACCUCAGGCGGAGGCGGUCUGA